UAGUGAAGUGUCAAGUGUUCACGUUGUCACCGAGAGAAGAAGCGACCUCUUCUUGUGCGUUCGUAUAAAUAGUCUUUUUAUUUACGUUCUUGUUAAUAUAGCGUUUUUAGCUAAACAUGUUUGCAGUAAGAGGAGUUUUGAGGCUUGCACAGAGGUUGGCUGGUGUUACUGUGUCGAGGAGGGGAUGUGCUGGUGCUGUUCCUGUGGACGACGUCAUAAACGGACUUACAGAAGAGCAAAUGCAGCUCAGAAACACAGUCACUCGGUUCUGUCAGGAAAAGCUUGCUCCCUAUGCUGAUGAGAUGGACAAGGCGAAUGAUUUUCCACGUAUGAGAGAGUUUUGGAAGGAGGCAGGUGAACUGGGAUUGCUUGGGAUUACAGCUCCAGUGGAGUAUGGAGGAACAGGACUGGGCUAUCUUGAUCAUGUAAUCGUGAUGGAGGAGAUAUCACGGGUGUCAGGAGCUGUAGCGCUCAGCUACGGCGCACAUUCCAACCUGUGUGUCAAUCAGCUUGUGCGCCAUGGCAACCAGAAUCAGAAAGAAAAGUAUCUACCAAAGUUAAUUACAGGAGAACACAUAGGCGCUCUGGCCAUGAGCGAGCCCAACUCUGGCUCUGACGUCGUAUCCAUGAAAACGACUGCAAGGAAAGAAGGUGACCAUUACGUGUUGAACGGGAACAAGUUCUGGAUCACGAACGGACCUGACGCGGACGUUCUGAUAGUGUACGCGAAGACGGACGUAAACGCAGCUGCACGCGGAAUCUCUGCGUUUAUUGUUGAAAAGGGAAUGCCUGGAUUCAGUACCGCACAGAAGCUGGAUAAGCUGGGAAUGAGAGGCUCCAACACAUGCGAGCUCAUCUUUGAAGACUGCAAGGUUCCAGAGAAGAACAUGUUGGGACCUUUGAACAAAGGCGUGUAUGUACUGAUGAGCGGACUCGACCUGGAGAGGCUGGUACUCUCGGCUGGGCCUAUUGGAAUUAUGCAAGCAGUGCUUGAUCACGCUAUACCUUAUCUGCAUGUCCGAGAAGCUUUUGGGCAGAAAAUCGGCCACUUUCAGAUGAUGCAAGGAAAGAUGGCAGACAUGUACACCCGACUUAGUUCGUCUCGCCAGUACGUGUAUAAUGUGGCCCGUGCUUGUGACAAAGGCCACUUUAGUGCCAUGGACUGUGCUGGUGUAAUCCUUUAUUGUGCUGAGAACGCCACUCAGGUUGCCUUGGACGGGAUUCAGUGCCUGGGUGGAAACGGUUACAUUAAUGACUACCCAAUGGGCCGCUUCCUGCGAGACGCUAAGCUCUACGAGAUCGGCGCAGGCACCAGUGAGGUCCGAAGGAUGGUCAUUGGCAGGGCGUUCAACGCCAGGUUCAAAUAAGACUGCAGCCAAUCUGGACGUUAUCCCCAGGGAUCUAGUGGAUCUGCCUUUCACAGACUUAUGUUACAAUAUGCACAGAUCAAGCAAGGAGAUAAGCUUGUAAAGCUUGUGAAUUUGCUGUACAACAGAAUAAAUAUUAAAGACUGAUAUAUAAAUUCAUUUAUUUCCAAGUAGGAGAAAAUUGCUGAGCAAUUAACAAUCUCUGUCUUCACAUAGUAUGUGUUACAAAGCUCAGCAAACUAAAUGCAUUGCUGAAAAUGAAUGAUUGAAAAACUGAUCUCACCAGUCUCUCUCUCUCUCAUUCACAUAUACACACACACACCUCAGAAUGUUUGUUCAUAAAAGCACUAAAAAAAAAUCCCUGAAAAUCUGUUUUAGUUUUGUGUGAUUUUGUAGUAUAUAGGAAAGUGUGUAGAAAAGCAGUGGGAUUCUUUGCUGCAUUUUGAAUAUAAUCGUCCAUUGCAAACUA